AAGGUUAUCAGGGAUAGUUCUUUGUGUUCCCUCAUACCUUUGAUGAGACCAUGUCUAUUGCUGCAGCUAAUUAACCAUGUCUCCCUCACCACUAAUCAUAACGCUAUGUCCUAACGAAGCUCACCACCACCCUGACAUGACAGCAUUCCACUACUUUACUCAAAACCAAGGAAAUAUCCUAGAGAUGGUCUGUGGCAGGAUCAGAGUCAUUAAGGACUUCUGAUAGACUCAUCAAAUGAGCAAAUGAGUCAAACGUUACAACAGAAAAUGAGCAUUGACGGACAGUCUUUUUGUUGAUGUCCCCAUCGACUGGACUAAAGAUAUCUUAAUGACGUCUAUGGAGGGUAUAAAUGAGACAACAUAGGGCCUUAUAAAAGGAGACUGGCUUCAGAGAGAGGUGAGAGUAGAAGUGGACCCCACAGCCUUUAACAGAACAUGUGUUUCAACACAAAGCACCUUACUACAGCACCAGGGAUGGACACAGCAUGCUCAACCACCAAGAAACUCAAGGUUCUCAUCUUGUUGCUACUCGUCUCUCAUCUGGCCUGUGAUGCUCAGGGGGUUGCCAACUGUUGCAGACAGAAAUCCCACUCCUGCCGUCUUUACGUCCUGCUCUGUCGCUCAGGUAAUGGGACGGGGACAAGGGGACCCCUCGCUGAUGACGCAGCCGCUGGAAUCCUCACACUCGGUAAACGGAAAGAAACUGAUGAACGUCGCUUGCAGAGCCGGUUGAAUCAGCUACUCCACGGGUCACGGAACCAAGCGGCGGGAAUCUUGACGAUGGGGAAGAGGACCGAAGACACAGCAGAACCGCUCAUGUGCUUGUUUCCCAUUUUAGAGACGGCCCCCACUACCACGGCCCAGUUGGUUUUACAACUCCCAUUCAAGUGAUUCAUCUGGAAAACAUCAAUUUUGAUGCAUC